AUGGGUCUUGGAGCGGGCCAACGGCCACUCUCUGAAGUGAGCCCGAUGGCGCAGCGACGUAACUCACCCAGCUGGAAUCAAGUCUCAAAGACACCCAGCGGUGAAUCGACUGCGUACGAUGGGUCUCCCUUGAACAAUUCCUCUUCCUCGCGCCUUUUCUGGAAAGGUCGCGACUCUCCUAGUCCCUACAACAAGGGCAGCGAAAACCGAAACCCUUAUGACCCGGAAGGCUCGUACUUCCCGUCCAAGCGGCCCUCCCUGGAGGACCUCAAGCGCGUUUCGCGGGUUAAGAACCACAACAUGUUCCGCGAGAGUGGCCAAGAAUACGAUCCAACCCAAGCGUCGGUGCCACAUCGGCCCUGGGCUGCCGAGCGCUCCCCCCAGCGGGAGAGCCUCGUCAGCAUGGCCAAAUCGCAACACGACGAUAGCCCUGUGACUCACACGCCUCGCCCACCUUCUCCCAGCAAAGACCAACCUUCUCCGGGCAAGUCCUCCCUGUCCAAGGGAAGCCGGUACGGCAAGGGCUUUGACCCUCAGAGCGACAUCUGGUCGGAGUUUGACAGCAUCGGUCAUCGUCAUGCUAAGAGUGUGACGUUUGACGUUGCACCUCCACAGGUCAACGAAUAUGAAAUGACCACCCCAGAUCCAUCCUCUGUCGCGUCUGGCUCUCGUGAGAACAGCUACGAUUCCGAGGACGAUGAAGAUAUCAGCUUCGAGCACGAGUCAUCAGUCGAGCACGAGGAUAGCUUCGACGCUUCUUUGGAAGACAUUGAGAAGACUCCGGUCGUGCAUCCAGAUGACUGGCGCUUCAUGAGCCCCGCAAAUGACGGAGAAGAUGGAGAUCCCUUCAUUGAACACGUCGAGGGUCGUAGCACAAACACCCACCCGGAACGAGAGUCGGCUCAGCAUGAACGAGUCGAGUCUCUUGACUCCAAUGGUGAUCCACGCCCUCUGCCGCCCUUGCCCUCUGUCAACCGUCUUUCUGGCUCUGGUCCGGCUUCGCCCAGCAGACUGGCUGCUGCUUUUGAAUUGGGCAGUGGUGCCCAGCGCAUCCUGCCGGCACCUCCUUCACCAGCUUCCUACAGCAAGUCAGACUUCGGUGGCCGCAUGUCUCUUGAAGAACGCCUGCGUCUUAUGAUGCUCCAAGAGGAUGAGGCAGAUGAUGACGAUAAAGAAAACGCGGCCCUACGCGAAUCGCGACUGAGACCCUCCGGCCUCGCGAAAGGUUUCGACAAGAAGGAGGCUGAUGAAUCUCAGGACCACCUCUUCUCACCUCCCCGAAUCUCUCGUGACUCCAUUCUGAGACACAUCCGCAAGAACGAGAGCUGCGAGGAGGAUGACGAGGAGGAUGAUGUCUCGGAUAUGGCCUCUAGUCCUCACCAUUACGAUCACUACGACCCUGACGUGCCCAUUCCUUCACUGGAAAAUGACGACGAUGAUGAUAGCGGCAGUGUGAUCGUCAAGGAGGAGGAGCACGAACACGAUCUCUAUGCGAUUACCGAUUACUACGAGCAUCUUUCGGACAACAGUCUGUCUUCCAAGGAUACCCGAGCUCAAUAUGACGAAGACAGCAGUUACUCUCUUCACGAUGCUGCAGGAAGUGACGGCACUGGCUCUGGUCACACCACACCGGUGCCUGAGGAGCAGACGGAGACUGCUGCGCAGUCGAGCGCGGGACUGAAAGACCUGUCGGAGAAGGGUGAAGCUAGACCCUUGGACAUGGCUUCUAUUCGAGAGUCACUGGGAGUUCGUCCCGCUACCCCAGAGCAACAGGAGGAGCAGGUCUCCGAGCCUGGAACUCCCGACUCCGUCAUUCGUCAUCCCGUAGAGGACGAGGAUGAUGAAGAGGAGAAGGAUGAGAGUUCGUCUGAUGAGGCGGUCCCUGAGCCGGUUGCAACCGUCCGGGCUCCUGGUGCUGGUCUCAAGGUCCGACCUUCGCUGACUCCGGCGGAUAUGGAAUCGAUGGCUGCCACCCGCCGCAAAAUUAGUGGCCAGCAUGAUACCAUGUCGCAGCUCACCAAGCAAACGUUGAACGGGUCAGGCAAGUCAGAUGAGACUGUUGGCGAUUCUGGUUCUCUUGCACCGCAGCUGGCCUUGCCAACCAAUUUGAUUCAACGACAGCCGAGCUUGAUGAAGCUGGAUAUCCCGUUCAGCAUUCAGGAAGAGAGUCUUGGUUCCGGUCUCGACAAAGAAUUUGACCGCGUUAUUGAAUCCCAAAAGGUGGCGUUUGAACUCGCUCUUUCCCAGAUUUCUAUUCAUGAACCGCGACUCCCUCCCCCGGAAGACCCCCAGGAUUCUUCUCGGAACAAUAACUCACUCUUUUCCCAAGCGUUUGCUAACACUCCCCGUCCCAAACAGAGAGGAUACCUGAUGCGCCAGAACACGAAGGUUAUUAUUGCGAGCAGUCGCAAUGAAGAGCCAGCCAUCCCUGCUGAACCUGCCCCCGUCGAUCCUCGCGGCACACAUGUGAAGACCCCAGCGGGUAUCCCCAAGAAGAAGCCUGUUCCUUCCGGACCUGCACCGCCGCUCCCAGGCCAACAGAGCAAUGUUCAGGAGGCAACCACCCCUAUUGAGGAGACCGAGCCUCAGCUGAAUGAAAUUUUCGAAGAAGGUGAAGAAAGAGGCCGCCUCUUUGUCAAGGUUGUCGGUAUCAAGUACCUGGACCUCCCACUCCCGCGAGGCGAACGAUCCCAUUUCGCACUUACUCUAGACAAUGGCUUACACUGUGUAACCACUGCAUGGUUGGAGUUGGGCAAGUCUGCUCCUAUUGGACAAGAGUUUGAGCUCAUGGUGCAGAAUGAUCUUGAGUUCCAAUUGACCUUGCAAAUGAAGCUCGACGAGAGCAAGUUCCAGACUCAGGAGAGUGCUGCAUCAUCGCCCUCUCGUCAGAAGGGCUCGGCCCUCAGUCGUGUGUUUGCUUCCCCGCGCCGUCGCAAGGAACAGCUUGACUUGAAGCAGCAGUCUCAGCAGAAGGCCAAGGACGUCAACGCUCCGGUUUACGAACGACUUCGAAACCUCGUUUCCCGUGAUGGAAGUUUCGGCCGCGCAUAUGUCUCAUUGAGCGACCAUGAGCAGUAUGCCUUUGGUCGGCCUUACACUGUGGAUGUGGCUUGCUUUAACGAAUGGGCUGUCGAGGAGACUCCCAGCAGCGUCAAGAGCAAGAAGAGUGCCACCAGCGUCAAUUCCCAGCGUCGUCCACCUUACAAGAUUGGGAAACUUGAGCUGCAGUUGCUGUUUGUCCCCAAACCUAAGGGCAUGAAGGAUGAGGACAUGCCCAAGAGUAUGAAUGCCUGCAUUCGUGAGAUGCGUGAUGCAGAGAGUGUAGCAGCGCGCACUUGGGAAGGCUUCCUUUCUCAGCAAGGCGGUGAUUGUCCGUUCUGGCGUCGUCGCCUCUUUAAGCUUCAGGGUUCUAAAUUGACGGCCUACCACGAGACUACGCGUCAGCCACGCGCAACAAUCAACCUCGCCAAGGCGGCCAAAUUGAUUGAUGACCGAUCUUCCCUUACCCAGAAACAAACCAGCACCAAGGGUGGUGGUCGCCGCAAGUCCGCCUUUGCCGAAGAAGAGGAGGGUUACAUGUUUGUUGAAGAGGGCUUUCGCAUCCGCUUCGGUAACGGCGAGGUGAUUGACUUCUACGCCGACAAUGCCGCAGAUAAGGAGGGAUGGUUGCGAGUCAUGUCUGAAGUUGUUGGCAAAGGCUCUUCUGGCAACGGAGCAGUCAAGGCUUGGGCAGAUUUAGUUCUCAAACGUGAGCGCAGUAUGCUGAAGCCGAGACGUCAGACUACCACCGAUCGACCGGCUGCACCUCCUGGCCCGCCUUCGCCCAUUGCGAAGCGGCCUAUGACAGCAGCUCCAGCUCUCAAAGGAACGGCGGCGCAGGCGCCCCAGUCUCCUCGUCCACGACACAAACACACCUUCUCGCAGCCUGAGGUUCGCGGCAUGGACUCCCGGCACCAGAAGACUCGCUCUCUAAUCUUCUAA